UCAUCCCAGAGCCUGACAUGAAUGGAUACGUGGACUUCUCCCGCAGUCCCUCCAGCCCCACCAAGGAGCCAGGGGAGCCUCAGCCCACCCAGGCUGUCCUCCAGGAAGAUGUGGACAUGGGCAGUGGUUCUAGUGGAAAUGAAACCAAUGAAAACUGCUCUAUGGGUCGGGACUCUCAGGGCAGCGACUGCGAUGACAGUGGGAAAGAGCUGCGGAUGCUAGUGGAAUCUUCCAACACCCACCCGAGCCCUGAUGCCUUCGGACUGAUGAUGACAGAGCCGGAACACAACCCCUCCAUGAGUGGCUGCAGUAGCGAGCAGUCUGCUAAAGCUGACGCACACAAAGAACUGAUAAGGACACUGAGGGAGCUGAAGGUCCACCUCCCUGCGGACAAGAAGGCCAAGGGGAAGGCCAGCACGCUGGCGACCUUGAAGUAUGCCUUGCGGAGCGUGAAGCAGGUGAAGGCUAACGAGGAAUACUACCAGCUGCUGAUGUCCAGUGAGAGCCUGCCCUGCAGUGUGGACGUGCCCUCCUACACCAUGGAGCAGGUUGAGGGCAUUACCUCUGAGUACAUCGUAAAGAACGCUGAUAUGUUUGCUGUGGCUGUGUCCCUGGUUUCUGGGAAGACCCUGUACAUCUCAAACCAAGUUGCCUCCAUUUUUCACUGUAAGAAGGAUGCCUUCAGAGACGCCAAGUUUGUGGAGUUCCUGGCUCCUCACGACGUCAGCGUGUUCCACAGCUACACCACCCCGUACAAGCUUCCACCCUGGAGUGUGUGCAGUGGACUAGAUUCUUUCACUCAAGAGUGCAUGGAGGAGAAGUCUUUUUUCUGCCGUGUCAGCGUUGGGAAACACCACGAGAAUGAGCUCCGCUACCAGCCCUUCCGCAUGACGCCCUAUCUGGUCAAGGUGCAAGAGCAGCAGGGGACCGAGAGCCAGCUCUGCUGCCUGCUGCUGGCAGAGAGGGUACACUCGGGCUAUGAAGCCCCUAGAAUUCCUCCCGAGAAGAGAAUUUUCACAACAACCCAUACACCAAACUGCUUGUUCCAGGAUGUGGAUGAAAGGGCGGUCCCCCUCUUGGGCUAUCUACCUCAGGACCUGAUCGAGACACCCGUGCUUGUGCAGCUCCACCCCAGCGACCGGCCCUUGAUGCUCGCCAUCCACAAGAAGAUCCUACAGGCCGGCGGGCAGCCUUUCGACUAUUCUCCCAUUCGGUUCCGUACCCGCAACGGGGAGUAUAUCACACUGGACACCAGCUGGUCCAGCUUCAUCAACCCCUGGAGUAGGAAGAUCUCCUUCAUCAUUGGGAGGCACAAAGUCAGGGUAGGCCCUUUGAAUGAGGACGUGUUUGCAGCCUCCCCAAUCCCAGAGGAGAAGACUCCGCACCCUAGCGUUCAGGAGCUCACGGAGCAGAUCCAUCGGCUGCUGAUGCAGCCUGUCCCCCACAGCGGCUCCAGUGGCUAUGGGAGCCUGGGCAGCAACGGGUCCCACGAACACCUUAUGAGUCAGACGUCAUCCAGCGACAGCAACGGUCACGAGGAGUCUCACCGGAGGAGAUCCGGAAGCUUUAAGAAUGGCGGCAAAAUUCAACCCAAAAGUCACUUUUCUCAUGAGUCUGAAGAACAAAAAGAAACAUCGGUUGCAGAAAUGCAAAGCAGCCUCUCAUCUCAGGUGAAAGCUGUCACCGCUGUUGAACGGGACAGCUCUGGGGCCGGCUUAGCCAAGGCCAGCUUCCCAGAGGAGCUGGCCUAUAAGAACCAGCCUCCUUGCUCCUACCAGCAGAUCAGCUGCCUGGACAGUGUCAUCAGGUACCUGGAGAGCUGCAGCGAGGCUGCCACCCUGAAAAGGAAGUGUGAGUUCCCAGCCAACAUCCCAUCUCGGAAGGCCACAGUCAGCCCUGGGCUGCACGCGGGAGAGGCAACCCGGCCCUCUAAGGUGACCAGCCACACAGAGGUCAGUGCUCACUUGAGCUCCCUGACGUUGCCUGGCAAGGCCGAGAGUGUGGUGUCCCUCACCAGCCAGUGCAGCUACAGCAGCACCAUCGUCCACGUGGGUGACAAAAAGCCACAGCCGGAGUUAGAGACAGUAGAAGAUGUGGCCAGUGGGCCUGAGUCCCUGGACGGUGCAGUCGGUGGCCUCAGCCAAGAAAAGGGGCCUCUGCAAAAGCUGGGCCUCACAAAGGAAGUUCUGGCUGCACAUACACAGAGAGAGGAGCAGGGCUUCCUGCAGAGGUUCAGGGAGGUGAGCAGGCUCGGCGCCCUGCAGGCCCACUGCCAGAACUAUCUCCAGGAGAGGUCCCGAGCCCAGACAAGCGAGCGAGCUGCCCCAGGACUACGAAAUACUUCCGGAAUAGAGUCAUCUUGGAAAAAAACUGGAAAGAACAGAAAACUGAAGUCCAAGCGUGCCAAGACGCGAGAGUCUUCUGAAAGCACAGGGUCUGGGGGACCUGUGUCCCACCGACCACCCCUCCUGGGCCUGAAUGCCACCGCCUGGUCACCUUCCGACACAUCCCAGUCCAGCUGCCCGUCUGCACCGUUCCCUGCCACAGUGCCAGCUUACCCCCUACCUGUGUUCCAGGCACCUGGAAUAGUGCCCACACCAGGGACUGUGGUGGCACCACCUGCCGCUGCCCACUCUGGCUUCACCAUGCCUGUUGUGCCUAUGGGCACUCAGCCUGAAUUGGCGGUGCAGCCCCUGCCGUUCGCUGCCCCGUUGGCCCCAGUCAUGGCCUUCAUGCUACCUACCUACCCCUUCACACCAGCAGCUCCAAACCUGCCUCAGGCUUUCUUCCCCAGCCAGCCUCACUUUCCAGCUCACCCCACGCAUGCCUCUGAAAUAACUCCCGCCUCCCAGGCUGAGUUCCCCAGUCGGACCUCCAUGCUCAGACAGCCGUGCACUUGUCCAGUAACCCCUCCGGCAGGCACAGUGGCCUCAGGCAGGACCUCUCCACCGCUCUUCCAGUCACGAGGCAGCAGUCCACUGCAGCUUAACCUGCUUCAACUAGAGGAGGCCCCCGAAGGCAGCACUGGAGCCACGGGGACCCUGGGAACCGUGGGAACAGCAGCUUCUGGUCUGGACUGCAAGUCUGGCACUUCGAGGGACCGGCAGCCAAAGGCGCCUCCAACAUGCAACGAGCCCUCAGACACUCAGAACAGCGAUGCCAUUUCCACAUCCAGUGACCUGCUCAACCUCCUGCUGGGCGAGGACCUCUGCUCGGCCACUGGCUCAGCACUGUCUAGAAGUGGGGCAUCUGCCACCUCAGACUCUCUGGGCUCCAGCUCGCUGGGCUGCGAUGCAUCCCGAAGCGGGGCAGGCAGUAGUGACACGAGUCACACCAGCAAAUACUUUGGAAGCAUUGACUCUUCAGAGAACAAUCACAAGGCGAAAAUGGUCACAGACACAGAGGAGAGUGAGCAGUUCAUUAAGUACGUCUUGCAGGACCCCAUCUGGCUGCUGAUGGCCAACACAGAUGACAGCGUCAUGAUGACAUACCAGCUGCCCUCCCGGGAUCUCCAGACGGUCUUGAAAGAGGAUCAGGAGAAGCUGAAGCUGCUGCAGAGGUCCCAGCCCUGCUUCACAGAGAGCCAGAGGCGAGAGCUUCGAGAAGUUCAUCCGUGGGUCCAGACUGGUGGUCUGCCGGCAGCCAUUGAUGUGGCGGAGUGUGUUUACUGUGAAAGUGACGGGAAAGGCAACAUUUGCCUGCCGUAUGAGGAAGACGGUCCUUCCCUGGGGCUCAGUGACACCUCAGAAGCCAAAGAGGAGGAAAAUGGACAGCUGACAAGUCCCCAGAAGGAGGCGCAGACAUAACCCUGUCCCCUAGCCAGCGAUCUACAUUAGAUGGUGCUCGCAAGAGGCGGAAGAUCUUCUCGUUAUUUCUAAUGAAAUGGACACAUACUUACAUUGCUUUUUUGUUUUAGAAAAAAAAAAAAAACAUAAAACACCAUAGUUUUCUGAAGGUUGACAAAACUGCAGGGAGAUUUAGGAGGAAAUACGUUUUUGUAUUAAAAAUAUAAAUAUGGAAUUUGGGGGACGACGAGGUGAGAUUUGUCAUUGAGCUUGAGGGAGACAGAUGAUCUGUGUGUUACGGAGGCUGCCUCAAGGCCCUCAGAAGUCCCUUGACCUUGGAGACCUCUUUCCAGGGUUCC